ACUCGCCUAUCUAAUACGUACGGUCACAUCAAGCUUGUCCUUUAACCGAACCGGAAAUAUUUCAAUACGAUCUUGGAAAACGUCUCCGCGCGUAGUGUGAACAAUAAUCGACAUUAGAUUCCGAUACUCUGUCAAUCACCAACGCGCACAUUAAUCUUCUUCUCUAGAAAAUUGAAAGAAUGCUUUUAAUUCGAUUUCUAGAAACAAUUCUUUAAAUUUCAAAUCCACCGCGAGCCAUGUGUAAAGUAUUAAUAUCAGCAAGAAUAAUAUUUUUAUAAGUUCCUUUUAUAGUUAUUUUAAUAAUUUCUCGUAUGGCUAUUUUGGUGAAUUUACGUGUUCGAAGAGAACCCUAGCACCGCGCGUCACCUUCGGAAUCGUCAUUGAUUUUAGAAUUUGUCUAGACACCCUGUCAGGGUCUUCCUUCAUUCAAUAGGAAAUUUAAACUUGCAGCAUUAGUGAAUCACUGCUAUUGACCGCGCGUUAGAAAGAGAAAGAACUAGCGAGGGGUGGCGGAUCGUCUGUCAUUUGUAGAGAAUCACCUUUAGUAUCCCUCGGACGGUCUAACGCCGUGGUCAGUCACGCGUUUCCGCAUCACGAUACCUAAAUCCAACCGCGAACCGUGACCUACCAUUCUGCGAUAUGCACAAAUGCGCAGAAUCUGCAAACAGACCGCCGGUCCCGCCGAGACGCAAAAAACGCAAAGCUAAGUUUCCAGCGACAGUAAAACCUCCGCAAGGGACGUCACCGACAAGCAACCAGGACAGGGGUCCCGGCAAGCAAGACAGAAAGCGUUUACCACCGCCGCCGCCACCGCCCCGGGCGGCCCGCAGAAUCAAGUACCACGCAACUAAAGAUCACCACGAGGAAACGAUUUCCAACACCAGAUCAACCGAAGACCUCGAAGAAACCUCGAAUAGUCUAAAUUUUAGCGAGACGGAGGGAACAUCCCAGCCGACGUCCCUUCAGUUCGAAGACACCGAUUUGAUACCAACGAAGGAAACGAGCAAUAGUUCCACUGACAAGAACGACAAUUAUGAUCCAAGCAACUCUACGAACUCUUCAAACGAUCGCCCGUACCCUCUGUUCGCCAAUGUGCCACGAAUGGAGACCAACAAGUACCCACCUCUGCUCUUCACUCUUCAGGACUUUCAAAACGUAAUGUCCAACACGCUGCAAAACGAGGACGAGCCGAGGACUACAACCUCCGUCGAGUUCGUCAGUUCCAUUCACGAGUCCUUUGAACAUUCCUUGGACGACGAAGAGAACGAUCUAUGCUUCCGUGUCACCACUACGAACCUUCCGUUCGAGAAGUGCCUGGACAGGUGGAACGCCACCUACACAGGCCAGUUCAUCGAGAAGUUCGACGAGUCCAGUCGCUUCAUCUUCGACGAUUAUAUAGACAGAAGCAACAAGACCAACGCUCGACGAUCGGCUGGCCCGAUGUGUUACGAGAGCUUCGAGGAAGAACCCGCGGUUCCCCGUUUGACAAAGGUGAGAUUCGUCAUCGAGUCCCCGAGCUCCUCCACUCCGGAUUACGAACUGAGCGAAGAUGGCGACGCCACGUGUGACAGUUUGCAAAAUAUCGAACCCAUCGUUGACGACGAGGAAGGUUACGUUUGCACCUCUUCCGUGCAGUUGACGGAAGUCACCGAAGAAGUGGAGGUGAGCAACAAACAGAUUUCGCAGAAUGAUGAGUUUGAGGACGCACCCUUUAACUCGAACUUGAAGAAUCGCAACGAUGCCCUCGACUGGCCUUCGUUGAAGAGCGUGUUGACUAACGUUAACCUUGGUAAUAGGCGAUCGUUCAUCAAACGAGAUGGUUGUGUUGAUCCCAGUCCUUGCUCCAUCUCCCAGAAUGAAUCGGUGAAUAAAGCAGGUUCUCCGGGGUUGAAGAAUCAAAAUGAUACUCUCGACUGGCCUUCGUUGAUAAGCGUGUUGUCUUCCUCCAAUCUUGCUGAUAAAGGAUCGUUUAAGAACCGCGACGCUGCUUGUGUCGACCUAAACGAUUCACCUUGCUCCACCUCGCAGAACGAAUCAGUGAAUAAAUCAGAUUCUUCGGGGUUGAAAAAUCAAAAUGAUACUCUUGAUUGGCCCUCGUUGAAGAAUGUAUUGUCUUCUCUCAGUAGAGGAUCGUUUAACAAACGCGAUGGCGGUCGUGUUAAUAUAAACGAUGUUUCUUGUUCCACCUCGCAGAACGAAGUAGGUUCUUCGGGUUGGAAGAAUUACACCGAAAUUCAUGACUGGCCUUCGUUGAUAAGUAUGUUGUCUUCCGCCAAUCUCGCUAAUACGGGAUCGUUUGUCAAAUCUGAGGAUGCUCGUGUUGACCUAAACGACUCCGUUCCUAGCUCCACCUCGUUGGAGUCCCAAAAUAAAUCAGUAAACGACGCAGAUUCUUCAAAUUCUUCAGGUUCAAAGAAUCAAAGCGACACUCUCGACUGGCCCUCGUUGAAGAGCGUGUUAGCUUCCAUCAAUCUAGCUAAUCGAGGAUCGAAUGUCGAUACUCCUGUUAAUUUGAACAAGAUCCAUUCUGCAUCAGAGGUUGACCAAUUGAAACCUAUAAAUGAUAAAAAUUCUUUCGCCCUGGAGAACCAACACGACACCCUUGAUUGGCCUUCGUUGAAAAGCGUGUUGUCUUCUGUCAAGCUAGCUAACCGAGGACCAUUAAUGAAAAGUGACAAUACUCGUGCUAAUUUGUGCGAUUCUUUUCGUUCUUCAUCUUCUCUAGAAUCACAGAACGAAUCUUUCCAUUCUACAUCGGCGGUUGAUAUGCUAGAAACCGUGGAUGAAGUGGAUUCUCCAGUUUUAAACAAUAAGGACAACGCCAUUGAACGAUCUUCCAUUAAUCCACCUGAUCAAGGAUCAUUUAUUAAAAGUGACGCUGUGCGUGCUGAUCUAAGCGAGACCUUUCGUUACUCCACUUCUCUAGAGUCGCAUAACGAAUCGUUUGAUUCUGCUGUGGCCGUUGACAGACUGGAAACAGAUAGGAAUUUAUCAGUAUCGAAGGUGGAAUGCAUUUCUGUAUCAGAUAAGACUAAUGAUGGCUCGAAAGAGAUGACAGAAAGUAAAAAUUUGGCACAGACCACUUUACAGGAUUGUAUCGCUCACGCUGAAGAGUGUCAAGUCGUGGAGGAUUUGCCAGACGAUUUCUGCGAGAACGAAAAUAACAAUAUCGAGGUGAACAAAGAAACCACUUUCCGAAGUACAGAUGAAAUUGUAAAUGAUACUCAACAGAAGCUAAUGGUGAACGCAGAAAACGCUAACCUUGAAAAUGAAGGAAUGGUCUGUGAACAAAAAUCGACAAUAAAUGAAAGGAAGGAUGAAGUCUUUCGUCGAAAGUCGAUAACAAACGUGGCAGAGGACAAGGUUGCGAAGGAACAUUUAGUAUCGAAUGAAUUAGGGAUUGAUAUCGAUGAAAGAGUGUCAUUGGUCCAAGGAAGGCUGGAAGGUAAUCGGAAACAGGCAAUAGUAAUCGACUCACCUAAAAAGAACAGUCAGGAGUACAAACGGAAACUGUUUGUGGAAGAAUCGCUUCGAAAUAUCCUAACUUAUAACGAUUCCUCGUCAACCGAUCCUGAAGAAGAAAUUCAAGCUUCCGUAGUGGAAGAUAGUAGUCCAGAUAUUUUUAACAUGUCUUUGGAUAGAGUCGAAGAUGCGUUUUCCCAAAAUAAUUAUGCACCUCAAGAAAUUUUCAAGGAAAACGUUAGUGUGCCAGUUAACGUUCGACGAAACUCCUUUUUAGAAAAUAUGCUUUCCGAAGAAUCGAACGAAGUCUGGAAUGCUUCGACAGGAUGCAAGGUCGUCGGUGCUUUUCCAAAAUUAUCUACGACUCACCAAGAAUCAAUCCCAGUCAAGAGAGACGAAGAUAAGCUCGCAGAUAGGCUGAACGAGGCAAUACGAAUGGACACGGAUAUUCAAAAGAUUUUACAGGACUCCAAUGAAGCAUCGAAGAAAAUGAAUCCUCCAGUUCCGAAGCCGAGGUCAACAGUGAUCAUCCAACCUAACAGGAACAACGCUGGAGAGGCGAAAUGCAACGUGUUAAACGAAUUGCUCUCUAAUUUCAGUAACAUCAAAUUGAAACCAGUCAACAGUGGAAGGCAAGUCUAUUCUAAAAGCCUUUCGCAGGUAACUGACGACACAGAAAAAAUAGAAUCUAUGUCAGACAGUAACAUGGAAAGUUCAAGUAAGAGUAAUUUGCACGACGAGGGAGGGAACGACAGGAACACGAAUCUAAAACAAAAAACUAGCACCCUUUCUUCCGUAAGUGAAGCAAAUGAUAACCAAAUCCUCGCACAGCCUUCAAGCAAUCGUGGACUAGAAUUCGACAAAAGCUCCGAAUUGCCUGAGAAACACGAAGAACGACGAAACAGCGGCUAUUCAAGAAAUGCAGCAAGCAGAAGUGAUCGAGUGGACUACCCAAGGAAUUACAGGACGAAGAACACCGGCACCGAAGAGGUCGUGAAGGUGGACGUACACAGAUCCGAGGGACCCACGAACGAGGAUCGCUCAGAGUUAUCGAUGAGCGUACCUGAGUUGCGCGUCGAACCAAGCAGCAAGGGCAAGGGCAACGCGUCCCUCGAGAGGAGCGAUGGAUUCGUCGAACGGUCUGUCGAAUCUCUGCAGAUGGUGGGCUGCGAUGAAAAGACUGACGCAAGAGUUUGCGAGGACGAGCUCGAUGAUCGUGGCUACGGGGAGAACGUCAAGGCGGAUAAUCGUGGCGCGAUCGAGCGACAGUUAGAUUUAAGGAGGAGGACGGGUAGCGGCGACAAAAGUGCCAUAGCUAGGAGAAUUCCUCGACCCCAUUGUAAUAAUAAUGACAAUAACAGGGCCGUAACACCCGUAGCUGUAAGUGACGACCAAUCCCGCGACACUGUAACGAUAACCCCGGGUAGAGUUAGGAGCUUCGUUAAGUACUACGAGAUUCGAAGCGAGACGACGACCGACAAGGAUUCGAGAACCAACGAUAGAGAUAGAGUAGACGCGGACAGGAUAUCGGGACACCAGUCGGUGUUCAGCAUCCGCAGGGGACUGGAGGCCAAGGCCAUCGAGGCUAGGUCCUUCGACUCGCGGAGGGACAAUUUCCAAACGUCAGUCGUAGACAGAAGCGCCGAGAGAUUGAGUGCGCUGAGAACGGAGAUCAAGCGUUCCCCGAUCGUUGAGAAACCUGAAAUCGAUGGAGUUGAUUCGAGUCGAUCGAACGAUGCAAAGAUAACGGAGGAGGGUGGCGUGGAGGAGAAACCGACGAGUGGUUCAGGGCAGAAGGCUUCCGAGCGCGACGAUUCGAGCACGCAAGCCGGUAAGGUUAAAAGGAAGAAGUCAGUGAAAUUUCAAGUCGGAUACACUGUGAUCGGUACGAAAAGACCCACUGAGGAUGGUUCCGUAGGGAAUGGCACGAAUCGGUAUGCGAAGUCUGCGGGAAAGAGAAAGGCUCCCGGCAGACCGACAACGGAAGGAACCUUCUUCGACGAUAAAGUGGAUUCCGAGGCUAUCAAGCCGGAGGAAUUGGAUGCUGACUUGUGUUCUUUGGAAAAACGAGAAAUUGCUGCUCAGAUACACGCCUCAGCUGAUCGCGAGGACUGUUCAGGUAUUAAUCGUUUCGUUCCAAAACCAGAUACCCCACGCCUCGUAUUUUAUUGUACUGUAUAGUUAAAUCGUAGUUUCUACAUGUUGCCGUCGUCGUCGUUUCCUCGAAUCUCGACGAGAUUUUGUUGCGACACUUCUUAGCGUCGCAGCAGCCAUUACUUUUUCCAGUGUUUGUUUUGAACCUUAACAGAAAAACAGAUUCUGCAGCGCUUUGCGACUUUAUUACUCAAUUUUUAUGCAAACGACACGAAAGCAUCUCUUUUUAACUUAAUAUUUAAAUUAAACUUCAUUUUUUCAAUCGCAAAAAUUUAAAAAAAAAAAGAAAUAAAAUCAUCAAUAUUAACACGUUCACUAUUCCUACGAAGUUGAAUAAGAAUUGGUUGUUCCAACUUUAAGAUUGAUUAAAUACUUAAAUGUGUAUGGGGUGAAUGGAUAUCUUUUGCGAGUAGCUGUAUGUAGGUCAGGGAUUCCUGAAUGAGAACUCUUCUGACCUACAUGUGGUUCAGUGGACAAUGAACGUGUUAAAGGACAAUAAAAUUAAGAGAAACCGUUGGUCCAAAGCGUUACUCAGCACAAAAUUAAUGUCACGAACUGCUUGUACAAAAAGAUACAAAAAAGGCACGGCCUUGAAGAAAGGUAUCAGGACAAUAAUUCAUUACUGUCACUCAAAGUCGUUUGUCCAAGACAGGACUCCAGAAAAAAUCGAAAAGUAUACGUCUCUUAAUUCCUUCCAUUUAUUUAACAGAUUUAAUUUACAAAGUUUACGAUAUUAUACGUGUAAAGUAAAUAUUCAUUUACUGAGAUGAAGACGAUGAAAGAUUAGACAUUGAAUUGUAGAAUCAAAUAUUUCGCAGUGAUCAAAUAGAAAUUCAUUUACCGUACUCGCCGUACGGUGAAACAAUCAUGGCGGCCAGCUCUCAAAGAAAAUUAAUUAUUUCUACACUGUACGUAGAAAAUUAAACAAUACUCGUGUUCUAUAAUAGCACAAGUCAGUAAAUGAAGCACAGUCGUUUGAUCAUCACACUGAAAGCAAUCGCACGUUUCCAGCGGAGAUUUUGUUCGAAAUAAAAUUUGCUCGGCUGUGGUUUCCAGACGGUUUGUCCUCUUCUGGAGGGAAAUAGCUCGCGGUACAUUUUGGCAAACCAUUUGCGAUACACGUUUUAGAGCAACAACGACGGGUAGGAUCGCCGCAAGUAGAUUUUCCGGUUUACCGGUAGGAUUUGGAGUUACCAGAGUUACGACAGGCAAACAGAUUUUUCGGUCAAGUGCAUUAGCUACGACCAGACCGACCGUCUUUGGUUCGGAUUUAUUCGAUUUAGCCCAGCGCCGGCCCCGUACGUUUCCACGGAGCUUCCAAGCGUAAUUUCUUGCGUCAUUUUGUCUGACUUGUUUUACGUAUUUUCGGAUAAUGGGGCUCUGUUGGAUUUACUGCACCCUCGACGAGAAUGAGCGGAGCGAAAACAGAAAGGAACAGAAUAUGUGGCUUUUCGUUUGGGGACGGUAUACCCUGGGGAAACGUAGCAUUCCCAAUGGGGGAGGAUUUUUGGACACGGUUGAACACGAAAUUGAAUUUUUAUUCCAAACGAUUAGGGAAUCGAAUAAAGCUGUCUACUACUCUUCUAAUUUCAAUUCAGGUUCGAAAUUGUUCAAAUACAUAAAAUAUGUAACAUGUUUGGAGUGGAUAAAUACUUUAUCAACUGUGUAUUUUUAAUUAAUAAAUAUCAUAGCUUAAUAUUCCAAACUUAUUAUAAACAGCGACAUUAUACAAAUUUCUCUCAAUAUAUAAUUCUCAAUUUUAGAUACAUCGUUUAAAAUUAAAUUUAGUUUUA